GUUUCACUUGUUUCUUGAGCCAUGUUGGCUUGAGCGUCACAACUGAACACAACAAACCUGAGGCUGAGUUUGGGUUUACAUUUAGACGUUGGAUCAGAGGAUGAACCAAACACGUAUCGGAUCAGAGAUCGACUACAGUGAUUGGGAUCACAUCUACCUGUCGGACGAUGAUGACGUCACCAGCCCAUUUGUGGACACACCUAGCUUGUUCCGGAUGAGACACCGGAGCCGUCUGGAGAAGAUGGCCGAGUUCCAGCAGAGAGGAGAUGAUCUGGAGAUCAACCUCACAGAAUGUAGCACACUGCUGGAGGAAACCCAGGGACGACUCCAAGAGCUGGAAGAUGAAAGCAGGAGCGUGGAGGGAGGAGAAGACAUUGAGCUGAUGAGACUUCGAGCGGAGGUGAGCAAACUGAAAACAGACAAAAAAACAUUUGAGAAGAUGAUGGAGGAACACCGUCGCCAAGAGAAGAAGCUUCCCUGGAAUGUAGACACCAUCAGCAAAGAGGGUUUCAGCAAGACUAUUGUCAACACAAAGACACAGGAGGAAAAAGUGGAGACACACGAGACCUUUGUGGAGAAGUACGCCAUGGAAAUCAAACACUUUGGGAUGAUGCGGCGUUGGGAAGACAGCCAGAAGUAUCUGUCCGAGAACCCACAUCUGGUGUGUGAGGAGACAGCAAACUGUCUUGUGGUCAUGUGUAUUGACUAUGAGGUUGAUGAGAAACAUGCUCUAAUGGAGCAGGUGGCCCACCAGGCCAUCGUCAUGCAGUCCAUCUUGGAUUUGGGAAAAUUGCUUCAAGUGGACCCACGAGGCUGCUUCAGACAGUUCUUCGCAAGGAUGAAGAACUGUGACAAGUCGGAACAGGAAGCGUUUCAGCGUGAGUUGGAGAUCCUGAAGGAGCGGGUUCGCAGCCGUGCAGAAUUGCGUAUGGAGGAGGCCAUGAAGGAGCUGGAGGAGGAGGAGAAGCAGAAAAGAAUGGGACCGGGUGGCCUAGACCCUGUUGAGGUCUACAAGUCACUACCAAAGGACAUGCAGAGGAGCUUUGAUGAGAAGAACAUCGGGAUGCUCCACAAGGCCAUCAGCAAACUGCACCCUGAUGAGGGCAAGUAUCACUUCGCUAGGUGUGUUGACUCUGGACUCUGGGUGCCUGAGGCAGGAGACGAUGAAGAGGAUGAGGAAGAGGACUAAACAACAUGGCAGCAUGAUGAUUGUGUGGACUGACUCUUAACCUUUCGUAGUUAUGUAAUUAAUUGCUGGCUCCCUCCUCCCUUCCCACUCGUUCUCCUUCAUAAUUAAUUCUUGGGUUUGAUUUAGUGGUCUGUGCAGGAUUUUGCAGGCAAAGCUUCUUUGUGCAGUCACUUUCAGCAAAUAGAAAACAAUCAGUGCAGGUCCCAGAGCGUAAAUCAAAUUUCGAUAAUGGAAAAACCAACAGGAAUGUGUGUGUUUGUGUUUAGUUGAUGUGAUUGCAUUGUUGUCUUGUCACCCAGCAGGUUGUCUUCUACCAAUAAAAUGUUGGAACACUGUGUUGGAACUGUUGGUUGCACUGCAGACUGCAGAUUUUUAACAAUGCAAUAAUCUAAUGAUGGUGUGUACUUCAUGUCUAUGAAAUAAAAUAG